CCCUCCUCCUCUUCCUCCUCUUCGCAAGGAAACAUCAUGCGUCCUACCGCCGGCGCCGCUGCUGGCGUCGAUCUGGCGCAGGUUCAGGCCGCGCCUCUGGCUCUGAUCGACUCGAUCCUCACCUCCCGGUCGCAUCCGUUCCCGGGGCUCGGCCUCCCGGCCCCCGGACCGGGGAGCUUCCGAUCGUCCUUGGCAAAGCUGGACGCCCACCAGGACGCCAUGGUAGAGCGCGUCUUCUCCGACCUCCUCGAUGCGCACCCUGAGCUCCUGGCCUCCCUCCCUUUGGUGAACUUCGAGACCAUCGACACGCUGAAGCACCACACGCUCGUGCGCUUCCGCGGCUUCGUACAGGACACCCUCAACACGGAGUUCAUGCUGCCCUCCAUCAUGGCCACCCAUCCGAGCACCGGCCAGCAGCAAAACGCGCAUCUUCUCUAUCGUGACCGGUUGGAUGAGCUGGUGAUUGCCGAUCACCAGGACAUGUCGGAGGCACUGCCGGUUGAGCGCUUCCCCUUCUUCUGCACCGCGGUCCCGGCCACCUCGGACUGGGUGACUGAACACUUGCAGCGGGAGUACCGUGACACUCGGGCGUCCUCUGGCGGCGCCACUCCCGCCCCCGGGGCCGGGCGCAAACGUCGGAACGAUGACCCGGAUGCUGACAUGGCCGAAAUGGCCGACUCAACUUGUCCCCCUGGCACGGCCGCCGCCGCCGCCGCCGCCGCCGCCGCCGCCGCCGCCGCCGCCACCAGCACCAAGCGCCACCACCAGGCCGCGUCGGCCCCGGCUGCGAUCUCCGAGGCGGGGGACGAUUCCUUCCCGGUGCCGGAGCCAGUUGCUCGGCGCACCAGCCGGCCUGGGGCCGGCGGCGCGUCGGCCACCGGCUCGUCCCUCCCUGGCAGUGUGGUCCACGCGUCGGACGAUGCGGCCGCCUGCCUGGUGAAGACGUACAUCUCCUCGGAGCUGCUUGUCCUGAAUGGCGUGGUGGACUUUGUCGGGGUGGUGUCGCUGGAGCCUGCGGCCACCAACCCCGAGGCCAUGCAAGAUCGUUUGGACUCCAUGGCCACCGAUCGCGCUGCGGGCCUGGCAGACCAGGGUGACUUCUUCGGCGAUCUGUCCGAGGCCGAGGGGACCGCCUAUUCGCCGCUCAUCCCGCGCCUGCAUGUGGUUGCCUUUCGCCCGGUAGUUCGCGGGGCCAUCAAUCCCCUCUUGCCGGCGGCCGGUGUGCCGGACCCGGGGACCCCGGUUCCCGGCUCUUUCCUGGAUGACGACGCCGCUGUCCAGUUGCCCGCCCUGCGGGCGAAGCUACUCCACUCGCUGGCUGAGGCGCUGAGCGCCCCUGGCGCCUUCGAGGCGGCCCGGCACCUGGCAGCCGAGUACGCCCUGCUGGCCAUGCUGGCCAGCCCCUACCUCCGGGGCGGGUGCGAUCAGCUCGCCGAGGCGUUGGCCGCCCGGCAAGCCGGUGGCCUCAUCGACCCGCAGGGACGCCUGUCGCUCAACAUCACCGGGCUCGAUCGUGCGGCGGCCGAGCGCUUCAUCCAGCUGGUGCAGUCGUUGGUUCCUCUGUGCGAAACCCUGCGCCUGGACUUGCAGGGGCUGAACCGUGAGGCGCUUGCUCCGACCAAGAACUUCGACACCAACCGCCUGUCGCGCGGACGCCUGCAGCUCCCGCGCGGGUGCCUCCUCCUGCUGGAUGAGACGCAUCUGGAGGCCGGGCAGCUGGACGCCACGGGCGUGGGCAACUUGCGUCUGCUGCACCAGCUGGCCGCUGGCAGUGUGGUCUCCUACAACUACCACUACAACACCAUCGACAUCCCGACCGACGUCAAUGUCAUCAUCCUUUCCGAGGGCCGGUCCAUCGUGCCGUGCGACUUCGCCGUCUCGGUGGCCGGUGACCCGCGUCGCACCAGCGCCCUGGACACCCCGCCGCUGGGGCCGGCUGCUCUGUCCCCGGCCGACGUCUUGGAUUCCCUGGGCCCGGGUGAUUUGCCGGCCGCCCGGCGCCUCCUGACUACCCUGCGCUUUGCCCCGUACGAGGUGCCGGAGGAUGUGGUCGCCGGGAUUUCCCAGGAAUUUGCCAACGAGCGAGCUCGCCAGCAGCAGGCCGCCGCCGCCGCCGCUGCCGGCGGCGAUGCCGGCCUGGGGGAGGGCGAAGCCGCCAGCCUGGCCAGCCCAGACACCUUGCGCCACCAGCUGACCAUUGCUCGGUACUUGGCCAUGUCCCUCGGUGCCACGCAUCUCAGUGAGGAUAUCUGGCGCCGGACCAAGUCACUGGAAGCCCACCGCCAGGCCGCCAACAAGUGACCUUUGGUGUGUGUGUGUGUGUGUGUG